AUGGGCCGGAACAAGCAAUCGGGCGCGGUCUCUUGGGUCGCCGCCGGCCUUGUUCUUUUGGCCUCCGCCCCCACUCCGAUUCUCGCUCAUCCGUAUCCUUUGCAAAACAUCGCCAACAACCUCUUUUACGAGCUUGGUGACAAGUUCAUGAAACGCGACUGUGUCCAGCGAUGUGGCGCUGAUUCUCAGUACUGCUGCGGCUCUGGCGAGCAGUGCUACACCGUCAACAAUAUUGCUGGCUGUAGCACAGUCAAUGGCGGCGGAGGCUAUGGCAUCUACACUACAACAUGGACAGAGACGAACACUUUCACGAGCACAGUCACCACCAAUUGGCCCGAGACGACAAAGGCGUCGGGAGGAGGCAGCACCGGCGCGACUUGCGUUCCUCAGAACGACGGAGAGACGGCGUGCGGCAGCAUUUGCUGUGCCUCUAACCAGUACUGCGCCUACUCUGGCCAAUGCGCCCAGAAGGGCUGGGACAUCACAACAAUCACCUCUAACGGCGUUCCUAUCACGACACAGUUCUCUGCUCCUUACAGGGUCACCAGCACCGGGGCCACUGGCACGUUCGCAUCCCAGACGGCAACGGGAACCGGAACCGCGGUACCAAUCGCCGAUGAAGGUACUGGCGGUGGCUUGAGCGGCGGCGCCAUUGCGGGCAUCGUCAUCGGCACGCUCGCUGGUCUCGGCCUGCUCAUGCUGCUCUGCUUCUGCUGCAUUGCCCGUGGUCUCUGGGGCCUCAUCUUUGGUGGCAAGAAGAAGGAACGCAGUCGCGAGCGUGUCGAGGUUGUCGAAGAGAGAUAUUCGCGUCAUGGCAGCCGCAUGCCUUCGGCUCACUCUCAUCGCCCAUCUCACGGCGGUUGGUUCGGCGGGGGCCGCCCCGCAUCUGCCUCUCGUCGCAAGGAAGAGAAGAAGGAGGGCGCCAAGUGGUUGGGUCUCGGCGCCGCGGCCGCAACCAUGGCGGCUCUGUUGAACAUGAAGAAGGACAAACCCGCACGCAAGCCCGAGCGAUCAACAUACACCGACUCGUAUUACUCCUACACGGGGACAAGUCCCAAUCGAAUCUGA